AUGCGAGCUGCUCGCGCGCUGACGCCGCUCGUGGCGCCGCUCGCGCGCUUGCUCCGUGGACCAGCAACAUACGAUGUCGGCACACUCCAUGCAAAGCCGCCAUGUGCAUUCAAUACCGACUCUAUCGCUGCGCAAAGCGCGUCGCUGCAAGCGUCUGCGCGCAUCCAACACUUGCUCGCAAAUGGACGUGUGCGUGCAGCGAUGCACCAUGUUGAAACGAUGCUUACAUCCAAGGAUACCCAACACGAACACGUACAGCACGUCUUGUUCAGCACGGUGCAGACCUUGGGCAAAAUGAUUCGAUCUCCGCAGCACCCAACGCCCGAAUCACUGCGCGAUACGCCAUUGCAUCCCGCGCUCGCGUUGGCGUCCAUGUACGAUACCUGUUCCGACACACAUACUCUUUGGCCAAGUGCCGCAUCAGCCAGCAUGGUUGCAAGCAUGGCACGAUGCCUGCCUGCAGACGCAUUGAUCCCUGUCCUCGACGCGAUCUGCAACGAUCUGCUUGCACGUCCACGCGCCAACAACACGUCGCUGCUUUGCGCUAUGAUUGCUGCCUACGGUCGAGCACGGUGCCCCGGGCGCGGCGAGCUAUUUCUGCAGCGCUACGUCGGCACCGGCCCAACGUGCGAGGCACUUGCUCCCAAAAACGCGCCCUUUUUCUCACGCAGCCGCGCGCUCUUUGCUCGCUGCGAUACGCGCAGUCCAAUUGAUAUCCCCUUACACGACACAUGGAGUGCGUCGACGGCCAUAUGGAAUGCGCUCAUCCGUGCACGGACGACAGCAGGGGACAUGGCAGCUGCAGCACUGUGGCUGGAGCGGUACCGAUUUGUAGCACACUUGCCGGACACGCUGUGUGACUUGCACGCACUUACACGCCCUGUACAAAGCGCAUCGCCCUAUCUGACCCUCAUGCAUGCCUUCUCUUCCGGCGCAGGGAUCCGUGAUUUUUUUUUGCAAAGCGGCGCUGAAGCCCAGACUGCGCUGCGCCGCACAGCACUUGCCAUGGACGCGCCGUUCAAGACUGCGGCAAUCCACGGGCUGCUCAAGGCCGUGCGCGAUGACGGCAUCAUCCCGGGCGUUGCCAUGCUCAAUUUUCUCGCGAGCUUUGAGGCUGGGCGUCAGCGUUUAGAGAGUGCCGCGCGCCUUGUCACCGAGGCAUUUGCCAUUCCAGGCAAGGGCGCGGUACGCUACAGGGUGCACCGUACGACAUAUAUGCCCUUGUUUGCACUGCAUGCCGCCGUCGCAGCGCAGCAAUCUGCGCCGUUGCUCGCGCCUAUUAUGACCUCGCCGUUGCCGCCGAGCGCAUUGGCGCAGGAGCUGCAAAGCGCUCGCCAAGUGCUGUGUGCGUGCAUUGCCUACGUGCGCCGCGCAGACAGUAGCAGCGCUGCGAAAUGGUGGCGCAAAGAAUGCGGCACCGCGCUGCUGAACCAGGCGAUGGAUGCAUUGCUGGCCGCGCACGACUACCCGGCCGCAUUGCAUGCGCUCGCACUCUACGAUGAAUGGGGUGUACAGCCAGAUGCAUGGAUGCAUGCACUUUUAUGGCGGCACCUCGGCGCGCAUACAAAUCCCCAGCAUGCGCUGGAGCAGCGUGUCGUGGCACAGGCGAACUAUUUGCAAAACGUCUCCACGCCGGUCCCUGCUUGGGCCGAGGCGCUGCGUGCAUGCAAAGCACAGGACACGGUGCUUGCUGCAGCAGCCAUACAUGUACAGGAUUAA